AUGGCGUCGUCCAACAAGGCCUGCACCGCCGCGCUCCUCCUCCUGCUGGCCCUCGUCAUCGCCACGGCGGCCGACGCGGCGAAGAACAUCGCGUCGUCGGAGCCCCUCCCUAAGAAGAUUUGGCCGGCGAGGCAGGACGCGUCGGCGACGUGCGUGGGAUCGCUUCUGGCGCUGAGCCCGUGCCUGGCCUUCUUCAAGGACGCUGGUAUGUCGGAGGCGCCGCAGGGGUGCUGCGAGGGUAUGGGCGGCAUCAUCCAGGACCAGGCGGCGUGCCUCUGCCACAUCGUCAACCACACCCUCGAGCGUGCCAUCGGCGUCGACAUCCCCAACGACCGCGCAUUCUCCCUCAUCGGCGACCUCUGCGGCCUCUCCCUGCCACAGGACAUCAUGGACACCUGCGCCAACGGCCGUGAGGUGCCGCCGCUGUACGUUUGCCCGGCGCCGUCGGCCUGAUCC